UUUAAAUUGGAGUAUCUUCCUUUUCCAAGCUUUCUUUCCCUGCGAGCUCGUUUCCUUUCUAUCACGAGAUGGAGACGGAACUACAGGCACAGAUACCCGGCCUCGACCAUGUUAUCUCAGAAUACUCCGUGGGUUAUCUGACACAUGCAUCAAAGGCCUAUGUUGAGGAUGCCAAUACCCCAUCACCACUGUCGGAAGCGGCGGACAUGGUAACCGAGCUCCUGGUCUCGGCAUCGGGGGACUUCACUCUCGAAAAUGAGAAGGCCAUUCGCAACCUGGUGAACGGAUAUAUCUCUUCGCUGAACGCUUCUGAUGGUAUCGAUUCAGAGCGCAGACAAAUGCCCUUCACGGCUAAAAAGCUCGACCAGGCUAUUAAUGUGGGCUCACAAAGGAAUAUCUCAUCAACCCUGGGACUUGCCGGAGGUAAUGUAGAUUUGGAGUCUGCUAACUCCCGGAAAGUGGAGUCUCGUGUAGACCGCAAGAAGCUCGAGAAGGCAGAACGCAAGAUUCGUGCCAAGCAGGAGAAGAAGCAAAUGAAGACGGUACAAUAUGAAUCGUCUCGUCUUCUCAACGAGCCUGAUAGUACCAUGUCUUACGAGGAAUUUUUCAUGGCUGUUAACCCUCUCCAGUUGGGCUCGGACUCGCAGUCGAAGAGCAAGGACAUAAAGAUUGACAGUAUCGAUAUUUCUGUUACCGGCCACCGUAUCUUGACCGACGCUGCGCUCACGUUAGCCUAUGGCCGUCGCUAUGGUCUGGUAGGUCAGAACGGUAUCGGAAAGAGUACCCUCUUACGUGCUCUGAGUCGCAGAGAGGUGGCGAUCCCAAGUCACAUCUCUAUUCUUCAUGUCGAACAAGAGAUCACGGGUGAUGACACUCCGGCAUUGCAAGCAGUCUUGGACGCCGACGUGUGGCGCAAGCGCCUUCUUGCUGAUUUGGAGAAAAUUACCAAGCAGUUGGCGGAAAUCGAAGCAGAAAGGUCCUCAAUGGCAGACACCUCAAAGGAUGCUGCUAGGCUCGAUCAUGAAAGAGAGGGUCUUGAUAUUACAUUGAACGACAUUCAUGCAAAAUUGGCGGAAAUGGAGUCAGAUAAAGCAGAGUCUCGCGCAGCUAGUAUCCUGGCUGGUCUUGGCUUCUCGCCCGAGAGACAACAAUUUGCAACGAAGACCUUUUCUGGUGGUUGGCGAAUGAGAUUGGCUUUAGCACGAGCUCUGUUUUGCGAGCCAGAUCUUCUUUUGUUGGACGAACCUUCUAACAUGUUGGAUGUGCCGUCCAUCACAUUCCUUUCUAAUUAUCUUCAAACGUACCCCAGCACAAUCCUUGUGGUUUCACACGACAGAGCAUUUUUGAACGAGGUGGCUACAGACAUUGUACAUCAACACUCUGAAAGAUUGGACUACUAUAAGGGUGCCAAUUUCGACUCCUUUUAUGCAACCAAGGAGGAACGAAAGAAGAAUGCCAAGCGUGAAUAUGAGAAACAGAUGCUCGAACGAGCGCACCUGCAAGCAUUUAUUGACAAGUUUCGUUACAAUGCUGCCAAGUCCUCUGAAGCACAGUCAAGAAUUAAGAAAUUGGAAAGAAUGCCUGUCCUUGAAGCUCCAGAGAGUGAUUAUGUUGUGCAUUUCAAGUUCCCGGAUGUUGAAAAACUUUCGCCCCCAAUUGUGCAGAUGGCAGAUGUGUCUUUCGGAUAUUCGAAAGACAGGCCCCUCCUUACUAAUGUGGAGCUUGAUGUGCAGCUUGAUUCACGUAUUGGAAUUGUCGGACCCAAUGGUGCUGGUAAGACCACUGUGCUCAAAUUGCUUACUGGCCAGCUGCAGCCCACGGCUGGUUUCAUAUCGCAACAUGCCAGAUUGCGAAUUGGGUACUUUGCUCAGCAUCAUGUAGAUGCUCUAGACCUCACAACCAGCGCUGUGAGCUUUAUGGCAAAGACCUACGCAGGAAAAACCGAUGAAGAGUAUCGCAGACAUCUAGGAGCGUUUGGUAUUACCGGCAUGACGGGCCUUCAGCGAAUGGAACUCUUGUCUGGAGGUCAGAAAUCUCGUGUUGCCUUUGCAUGCUUGUCGUUGACAAACCCGCACAUUCUCGUCUUGGAUGAACCUUCCAACCAUCUGGAUAUCGAAGGUAUGGAUGCGCUAUCCGAGGCGCUACAGAAUUUUGAAGGAGGCGUGGUAAUGGUUUCUCAUGACGUCACUAUGCUGCAAAAUGUGUGCAAGAGCCUUUGGGUUUGUGACAGGGGCACAGUGCACAAGUUUGAUGGCACUGUCAACGCCUAUAAGAAACUGAUCAGUUCCCAAGCCAAUGAGGCCGGGGUAGCAGCACCUCACUAAAGGAGGCAGAGCCUGGAUCGGUAAUAUUGUGACUAUUUCAUGGAACUUAUUAGAUGUUCCAAAAACUGUUACCAUAAUAUAUUUACUGAGUAGGUACCACCUAGUAGGUAGUAGUCUACUACCUUAUGUGGUAUACACAGUAGUACGCAG